AUGGCUUACGAGAAAGAGCUUGAUGCUGCUAAGAAAGCUGCUUCACUCGCUGCUCGUCUCUGUCAGAAAGUUCAAAAGGCUUUGUUGCAAUCAGAUGUGCAAUCAAAAUCUGAUAAAAGUCCAGUGACCGUUGCUGAUUAUGGUUCACAAGCAGUUGUUAGUUUAGUCUUAGAAAAAGAGCUCAGUUCUGAACCCUUUUCAUUGGUGGCUGAAGAGGACUCAGGCGAUCUACGCAAGGAUGGUUCUCAGGAUACUCUGGAGCGCAUCACAAAACUCGUGAACGACACUUUGGCUACCGAGGAAUCGUUUAAUGGCUCUACUUUGUCUACUGAUGAUCUACUUAGAGCCAUUGACUGUGGAACAUCUGAAGGUGGUCCAAAUGGUCGACACUGGGUCUUGGAUCCAAUUGAUGGCACUAAAGGAUUUCUGAGGGGAGAUCAAUACGCAGUAGCACUAGGAUUGCUCGAGGAAGGGAAAGUAGUUUUAGGUGUGCUUGCUUGUCCAAACUUGCCGUUAGCAUCCAUAGCAGGAAACAACAAGAACAAAUCUUCGUCAGACGAAAUUGGAUGCCUCUUCUUUGCUACAAUUGGUUCAGGGACAUAUAUGCAGCUCCUAGAUUCAAAAUCUUCUCCUGUAAAAGUGCAAGUCUCUAGUGUUGAGAAUCCUGAAGAGGCAUCGUUCUUCGAGUCAUUCGAAGGAGCUCACUCUCUACAUGACUUAUCCAGCUCCAUUGCCAAUAAACUCGGUGUCAAAGCUCCACCAGUCCGUAUUGAUAGCCAAGCAAAGUAUGGAGCUUUAUCAAGAGGAGAUGGAGCUAUAUACUUACGGUUUCCUCAUAAAGGAUACCGCGAAAAGAUUUGGGACCAUGUCGCUGGUGCUAUAGUUGUUACAGAGGCGGGUGGAAUAGUGACAGAUGCAGCAGGAAAGCCACUGGAUUUCUCGAAAGGGAAGUAUCUUGAUUUGGACACAGGCAUUAUCGUUGCUAACGAGAAGCUAAUGCCUCUGCUUUUGAAAGCAGUUCGUGACUCCAUAGCUGAGCAAGAGAAAGCUUCAGCUCUCUGA